GGAGCAGCUGGUGGGAAAGAAAAAAAAAAGAACUACAGCACAAGUUGCUGCUAAGAUCGCACAGCAGCCUGGUUACUAUCACAUCGAACAUGGGCUUGGAAAGGUGAAAUACUUCAGCCGACGACUGCUUUUUCCUUCGGCGUCGACAAUUUCCUGUAGAACUACCUACCCGACCGCGAAAAAAUACCCCCAGCUAUGUCGUGACAAUGAAGACAGAUUUCAAGUUCUCCAACCUGCUGGGGACGGUCUACUGCCGGGGCAAUCUGCUGUUCAGCCCGGAUGGAACCUGUCUGUACUCGCCCGUGGGAAAUCGGGUCACGGUCUUCAACCUGGUAGACAACAAGGCGCAUACCCUUCCCUUCACCCACCGGACCAACAUAUCGAGAAUCGGCCUGAACCCGCAGGGCAAUCUCCUGCUCUCCGUCGACGAAGGCGGCAAUGCCAUCUUGACCAAUGUUCUACGGCAAAUCCCCAUAUACCAUUUCUCCUUCCGACAUCCCGUCACCGCCCUCGCCUUCUCUCCGUCGGGACGCUACUUUGCCAUUGGCUUAGGUAGGAAGACCGAGGUGUGGCGCGUCCCGUCGACCCCCGAGUCCAACCCGGACGGCGAGCUGCAGUUUUCGCCCUUUGUGCGCCACCGCACGUGCGCCGGCCACUUCGACGAUGUCCGCCAUAUCGAGUGGUCGCACGACUCGCGCUUCCUCCUGACUGCCUCGAAGGACAUGACGACGCGGAUAUGGCCGAUAAACCGCGUGAAAAGCUUCACCCCCACCGUCUUGCCGGGCCACAAGCAGGCUGUCGUCGGAGCCUGGUUUUCAAAAGAUCAAGAAUCCAUAUACACGGUCAGCAAGGACGGCGCCGUCUUUACUUGGCGGUGGGCUAGGCAUCCCAACGCGCCGCCGAGAGACGAGGACGAGGACGAGGACAUGGAGGGCGCCGACACGGAUGAUAUGGGCUGGAGGAUCGUCCAGCGCCAUUACUUCAUGCAGAACAACGCGCGCGUUCGGUGCGCUUCUUACCACCCCGAGGCCAACCUCCUGGUGGCUGGCUUCUCCAACGGCAUAUUCGGCUUGUAUGAGAUGCCCGAUUUCAAUGCGAUACAUACCCUCAGCAUAUCGCAGAACGAUAUCGACUUCGUCACGAUAAACAAGAGCGGAGAAUGGCUGGCCUUCGGCGCCUCUAAGCUGGGCCAGCUCCUCGUCUGGGAAUGGCAAUCCGAAUCCUACAUCCUAAAACAGCAAGGCCAUCUCGACGCUAUGAACUCAUUGACCUAUUCGCCCGAUGGCAAACGUGUCGUGACGGCUGCCGACGAUGGCAAGAUCAAAGUUUGGGAUGUCGACUCGGGCUUCUGUAUCGUUACUUUUACUGAGCACACGAGCGGCGUGACGGCGUGUGAGUUUGCGAAGAAGGGCAACGUCCUCUUCACCUCGAGCUUGGACGGUUCCGUACGAGCUUGGGAUCUCGUUAGAUAUAGAAACUUCCGGACCUUCACAGCGCCGACACGUCUUUCCUUCUCUUGUAUGGCAGUUGAUCCUAGUGGCGAAGUUGUCGCCGCAGGGUCUUUGGAUUCGUUCGACAUCCAUAUCUGGUCCGUACAGACUGGUCAGCUGCUUGACCAGCUGUCCGGCCACGAAGGCCCGGUCUGCUCGUUGGCAUUCUCGCCAAAUGGCAGCCUCCUCUUUAGCGGCAGUUGGGACCGGACCGCCAGGAUGUGGUCGAUAUUCAGUCGGACCCAAACAAGCGAACCUCUACAGUUACAAGCGGACGUACUAGACAUCGCCGUUAGGCCGGAUUCGGCACAGCUUGCGAUCUCUACAUUAGAUGGCCAGAUAUCAUUUUGGUCCGUCUCCGAAGCCGAGCAAGUGUCAGGCCUCGACGGUCGGAGGGAUGUGUCGGGAGGUCGGAGGAUCACCGACCGCCAGACUGCCGCCCACGUGGCCGACACCAAGAGCUUUAAUACUAUACAAUAUAGCGCCGACGGUAGCUGUAUCCUAGCGGCAGGGAGAAGCAAGUACAUAUGUCUCUAUUCGGUGAGCACGAUGGUCUUGCUGAGAAAGUUCACCGUCAGCAUCAACCUAUCGUUGUCGGGAACGCAGGAGUUCUUAAACAGCCGACACCUCACGGAAGCGGGGCCGGAGGAGUUGAUCGAUGACGAGACGGAUUAUUCAGACCGUGAAUCUCGACGGGACAAGCGCCUUCCUGGGUCCACACGCGGGGGUGAUCUAUCCGCGAGGAGAAAGAUACCAGAAGUAAGAGUGACCAGCGUGGCCUUCUCGCCUACUGGCACCUCGUUCUGUGCCGCGUCGACAGAAGGGCUUCUCAUAUACAGCGUAGACAACAUCCUCCAAUUCGACCCUUUCGACCUGAACAUGGAAAUCACUCCGGCGUCAACCCUCGCCGUCCUCGAGAACGACAAGGAUUACCUAAAGGCGCUAGUAAUGGCGUUCCGCCUCAAUGAGCCAGGGCUGAUAAAGAGGGUCUUUCAAGCGGUACCCUACGUAGACAUCCCGCUGCUGGUGGAGCAGCUCCCCUCGGUAUACGUCGCGAGACUGCUGCGGUUCGUCGCGGCCCAAACCGAAGAAUCACCACACAUGGAAUUCUGCCUGCUGUGGAUCAAGGCGGUGGUCGACAAGCACGGGCCCUGGCUCGCGACGAACCGGAGCAAGGUCGACGUCGAGCUGCGGGUCGUCGCGAGGGCGAUCACGCGGAUGCGGAACGAGAUCAAGCGGCUGGCGGACGAGAACGUCUACAUGGUGGACUACCUCCUCGAGCAGCCCAGCGCCGAGACGGCAUGGGGCGCGAUCGGGCGAGACGGGCUGCUCGCCAACGGGAACGGCGACAGCGGCCCGAUGAAGAUGCUCACGCUGGGGGAGGAAGCGCUCGGCCGCGAGGACCAGAUGCAGUCCGGCAGCGAAUCGGAGGGCGGAUGGGUCGGCCUUGAUUGACGAUGAUUACUGGGGCCUAACGAUAUGCCUACGGGCGAGUACAUAGAGCGAGAACGCGGGUCAGCGAGCCACCCGACUACGACGGCGCCGCACCCGUGCUGGCGGUCUGCGGACCCUACCCCGUAACCGGGUCUAGUUUACCUCCGCCCGCGGUGCCCGUCCGCCAACGAGGUCUCCUGUCAGGGCGGGGCGAGCGAGAUCUCAUCCCGGCAAUGUCGCACCGCUGCUGCAAUAUACCAUGAUACCACUUCGUUUCUACGUCUCUAUGCCCUCUCUAAGCGACUGAUAAAUGCCGUGCUGCGUAUUCGAGAAUAGAGCCUGAGGGCCGCGAUGACGAGCGACCGAGGCAGGGUUGGAGGGCUCGGAGCGGAAUCUGACGGUACUCGGCCAGACAGCCGACGAAAAAA